GAUAAAGAUGCAGAUCACACUUAGGAGAAAAAUCCAUAAUAAUUCAUCCCUAUCACAUUCCAUUAUUCUCUCCACUGGCCAUACAGUAGUUCUUCUGUUCUUCACUUCCUCCACAUUUUCCAGUUCUUAACGUUUUCUCUUUACCAUCAUUUCACCACACAACAUAACGAUUCCUCGACAUAUAUAUAAACACGAUCUGCAUCUUAAAUCAAGUGCUUUGUGCGAGCUAGGAGCGAAUAUGUCAUCUGAACUUUUUGGUAAGUUGGAGACUGAAGUUGAAAUCAACGCUCCAGCUGCCAAGUACCACGAACUCUUCACGCGCCGGCCACACCACCUUUCCAGUAUCAGACCUGAUAGAAUUCAGAGCUGUGAGUUACUUGAAGGUCAAUGGGGACGUCAGGGUUCAGUCAUCUACUGGAAUUAUUGCUAUGACGGGAAAACUACGGUGGCUACUGAUUUGAUUGAAGCGGUAGACGACGAAAAGAAUUCUGUGACCUUCAAAGUGAUUGAUGGACCUCUUCUGGAGCACUACAAGAGCUUCAGGCUCAUUGUGGAAGCCACUCCGAAAGGUGACGGGAACAGCUUGGUUCAUUUGGCUGUAGAAUAUGAAAAGCUUCAUGACCAAGUUUCAGACCCGCAUAGCUUGCUCCAGUUUGUAGCUGAUCUCUCCAAAGAUAUGGGUGCUCACCUCAGUACCCAACCCUAAAUAAGCUCUUGCAUGCAUUUAGCCAAUAGCCAUUUCCAGAAUGAAAUAAGGAUUUUGUGUCCUGCUGUACUUACUAUUUAUGUAUGAUUCUGUGAGCUACGUAAUAACAGUAAGACUUGGAGUAAGCUAGCUAGUCAUGUCCUUCGAAUUCUCUGUUUCUCAUCACAGUUCACUCACUACUGAGUAUCUUAAUUCAUCUUUGGAUCUUUGGAACUGGUGUUCCUUUUUUUAAAUCUACA